AUGGGUUUCAUCACAGUCCGCGUCAAAUGCAGCCCAGAUGACACCGUCGGUGAUCUGAAGAAACUGAUUGCUGCUCAAACUGGGACUGAUCCCAGCAAGAUCCAGCUCAAGAAGUGGUACACGAUAUACAAAGACCACAUCACGCUAGGGGAUUACGAGAUCAACGACGGAAUGAGUCUCGAGAUGUACUAG